GGCGGUAAAAAUGUUGGAACUAGUGGCGGUGGGAAUUCUGGUUGAGGGGAUAUUGGGAAGGGAGGGGGGUCGGAGAGCCAUGGUAUUGGUGGUUGUAUGAAUGGAUCAGGCGGUGGUGGUGAAGGGACCAAGGGUGGUGGUGUUGGGAAUAUGAAUGGAGGUGGGAGUAUUACUGGUGGUGGUGGAGAAGGUACCAAUGGGGGUGGUGGGGAUGGUACCGGUGGCGGCGGUGAUGGAACUAAUGGUGGAGGAGAUGGCGGCGGCGGAGACGGUGGUGGAGGCGAGGGGAUAACCGGGGGAGGUGAGGAAGGUGGUGGAGGCGAGGGGACCAAUGGAGGCGGUGAAGAAGGCGGAGGAGGUGAAGGCGAGGGUACUAAUGGUGGGGGUGAAGGCGAGGGUACCAAUGGUCGGGGUGAAGGCGAGGGUACCAAUGGUGGGGGUGAAGGCGAGGGUACUAAUGGUGGUGGAGAAGGGAAGAAAGGGAGCGGAGAAGGCACGAGUGGCGGUGGUUGUGACGGCGGUGUGGGUCUACGAGGGGGUGCGAGUGGGGGCGGCCGUGGGCGAGACGGUGGUGUGGGGAGGAAGGGGUUAUCAGGCGAGGGAGAAGUAGGGAAAGGCCAUUGACCACAGGUUCCAAACAAGUAAAGGAAAAAGGGGUCACAUAGGGAUGAUGGUCUUCCGCUUCUUCCGCUUCUUCCGCUUCUUCCGCUUCCGCUUCCGCUUCU